AUAUCAGUGUUCUAUUCAUUCCAAUGAUUUGACUCAAAUAAAUGUGGUUGGUGAUUGGGGAGAGAUCUGGGAGUGGCAAAAUGGAAGUGGGUUCUGCUUCUUCCGCCGGAGUCGGCCGCCCGCCCCAGCCAGCCAAGAGAGGGAGGGGAGCGGCAGCGCAGGGCGGCGGCCGACCGCCCAGAUGCCAGGUGGAAGGCUGCCAGGCGGAUCUGAGUGGCGUUAAGGCUUAUUACUCAAAGCACAAGGUGUGUGGAGUUCACUCCAAAUCUCCCAUUGCCAUUGUUGCUGGGCUUGAGCAGAGAUUCUGCCAGCAAUGCAGCAGGUUCCAUCAAUUGGGGGAGUUUGAUCAAGCAAAAAGGAGCUGCCGUAGGCGCCUGGCUGACCAUAAUGAGCGUCGUAGGAAGCCCCCUCUCCCGCCAAUAUUUUCACAGUGUUAUGGUAUCAACGGCAAAAGAGGAAGCUUUUUGAUGGACUUCACUCCAUAUCCGUACCCAUGGGACGGCCAAACAGUUGCCUCUGGACAGUGUCUUCAACAGGCUUGGCAUUGCGGAGAAGGUUCAGUCGGAUUUUCACAGUCUACUUCCGCUCUCUCUCUUCUGUCAAACCAACCCUUGGAUUUUGGGGUUAACUCUGAUGGAGCUCGUGAUGAUGUUCAUCAAUCCAGUACCAAUCCUUCAAUGAUUAACGGGUUUUCAAGUCCGUGGGAGCUCAAAGGCAAUCAAGACAAUGCCAGUUCUCCCCUUUUCACCUUAAUGCUCCCACAAACCACUAGCGGCUCCUCUGGCGAUAUCCCUACUGGCAGUCACUGUUCAGGAGACCUUGAGAUGGGGGGCCGAGACACUGGAAGAGGGAACAUGGGAAUAGAGUACUCAGGUUACGACUCUUCUGUUCAGAAUUUACACUGGACUCUCUGAAUGUUGCCUCUUUCUGUGUUUUUGUGUUGCAUACAAAAUUACAAAUGCUUUCGUGCGGUGUUUUUUUCCGUGCUCUUCUUACCCUAGCUAAGAUGAGUUGAGCUGCUAUCUUGUUUUUUCUUCAGCAGUUAAGACAGUAAACAGAUUUGUAUAAACAGUGUUUAUUUUGACAUUUGUUGUACAUCUGAGAUUGUAUGAGCUGAUCAUUUGAAUACAAACUGUAUGUAUGC